UUCACUCUUCAGACUCCAAAGCUUCUAUCUUUAGUUUUCUUCACACAAAGUCAGUCCAAUUCCAAGCUCUUCUUCUUCUUGAGAUAUCUGUUCACUUCUGCUCAAUUUGAAAGUGAGUUGAUUUUGGGCUCUUCAUGGUUGGAUGCAACACCUCUCUGUUCUCAGCUGUUUCCAGGAUGGAAUGGUCACCAAGUCCAAAUGAGCAAUAAUGGAGUGGUUGUUAUUGAUCUGCUAAGCUAGAUAUCCUCAAAGAUUCUCAGUUUCUUCCAUUGACCUUUUUGCCCUGCACUUUUCGACAAUGGCCAAAAUACCAGUUCUCUCCUUGCACUUACGGCCACUCUUUACCACAUUGUUCAUUUCUUUGCUUUUCCCGCCAUGUAUGCCUUUAAUGGUCGAAACUGAAGCCCUCCUUGAGUUGAAAAGGCAGCUGAAGGACCCUUUGAAUUUCCUUGAGUCGUGGAAAGAGACGGAGUCUUCUUCCCCCUGUGAGUUCUCCGGGAUUACUUGCGAUUCUGGGAAAGUCACUGAAAUAUCUCUUGAGUACAAGUCACUCUCCGGUCAGAUUUCGCCCUCCAUUGGCGUCCUUGAGAGCCUCACCACGCUUUCACUGACUUCCAACCGCAUAACAGGAGAGAUUCCUGUACAAUUGACUCAUUGUACCAAUCUUAAAUCAUUGAAUCUGUCUCAGAAUCAAUUGGUUGGAAAAAUCCCUGACCUUUCAACCCUUAGAAACUUGGAGAGUCUUGAUCUUUCAGCGAACAGCUUAUCAUCCAAGUUCCCUUCUUGGGUGGGAAAUCUCACAGGUCUACAAUAUCUGGGCCUUGGGUACAAUCCGUUUGAUGAAAGUGAAGUUCCUGGGAAUCUUGGAAACUUGAAGAACUUGACAUGGCUGUAUCUGAAAAAUUGCAGCUUGAUGGGAGAGAUCCCAGAAUCUAUUUAUGAUAUGAAGGCAUUGGGAACGUUGGAUAUAUCGAUAAACAGGCUUUCUGGGAAACUCUCUAAGUCAAUUUCCAAGCUACAAAACCUGUUUAAGAUUGAGUUGUUUGCAAACAGUUUGGGUGGAGAAAUCCCACCCGAGGUUGCUAAUCUCACCCUUCUGAGGGAAUUUGAUAUUUCAGCAAACAAAUUUUAUGGGAGGUUGCCUCCCGAGUUUGGAAAUCUCAAGAAUUUAGUGGUUUUUCAGUUGUAUAACAACAAUUUUUCUGGGGAGUUCCCUUCUGGGUUUGGAGAGAUGCAGCAUCUUACUGCAUUGUCAAUAUAUCAAAACAGAUUUUCUGGGGAGUUUCCUGCAAAUCUUGGUAAAUCCUCAUUUUUCGAGAGCAUUGACAUAUCGGAGAAUCAGUUUUCUGGUGGUUUCCCAAGGUUUCUGUGUGAAAAGAGGAAGCUACAAUUCUUGCUCGCUCUGGAUAACAAUUUUUAUGGGGAGUUUCCAGAUUCUUAUGCUGACUGUAAAUCUCUAGAGAGGUUUAGAGUAAAUAAGAACCAUUUGUAUGGGGAGAUAUUAGCUGAGUUUUGGUCACUACCUAAAGCUGUAAUCAUUGAUUUUAGUGAUAAUAACUUUUAUGGAGCGAUAUCUCCCAGCAUCGGGUUUUCUACCAGCUUGAAUCAGUUGAUGUUGCAGAACAACAAUUUCUCAGGUUAUCUUCCGGUGGAAAUUGGGAAGCUAACAAAGUUGGACAGACUCUAUUUGAAUCAUAAUAACUUCUCAGGUGAAAUACCUUCAGAAAUUGGUUUCCUGAAGCAGUUAUCAUCUUUGCAUGUUGAAGAAAAUUCUUUGUCAGGCUCAAUACCUUCAGAACUGGGAAACUUAGUGAGGUUGGGGGACAUGAAUCUUGCUUGGAAUUCUUUAACAGGAAGUAUCCCACUUACACUUUCACUGAUGAGCUCUUUGAACUCUCUAAAUCUCUCUGGGAAUAAACUCUCUGGUGAAGUUCCAGAAAAUUUAGAGAAACUGAAGCUAAGCUCCAUAGACUUGUCCGAAAAUCUGUUAUCUGGAAGAGUACCAUCUGAUCUUCUGACCACAGGUGGAGACAAAGCCUUUCGUGGAAACAACAAACUCUGCAUCGACCAAUAUUCAAAAGCACAUUCAGAUUCUAAUAUGAAUACAUGUUCUGUUAAGCAUAGUCAGAAAAGGGUGCUUCAAAAUAAAUUGGUUUUGUUCUCUAUCAUAGCAUCUGCCUUGGUUGUUGUUUUAGCUGGAUUGGUGCUUGUUAGUUAUAAGAACUUCAAGCGUUUUGAGGUUGACGGAGAAAAUAGUUUGGAAGAGGGGAAGGAAACAGAUCCAAAAUGGAAACUUGCAUCUUUUCACCAACUGGAAAUAGAUGCAGAUGAAAUCUGUGAUUUGGAAGAAGAAAAUUUGGUAGGCAGCGGCAGUACUGGGAAAGUUUACCGCCUUGAUCUGAAGAAGAAUGGCGGUACGGUAGCUGUAAAACAACUUUGGAAAGGCAAUGGCUUGAAGCUUAUGACUGCAGAGAUGGAUAUUUUGGGAAAGAUCAGGCACAGAAAUAUAUUAAAGCUUUAUGCUUGUUUAGUGAAGGGAGGAUCUAAUCUCCUGGUGUUUGAGUACAUGGACAAUGGAAAUUUGUUUCAAGCACUUCACAGACAGCUUAAAGGUGGGCAGCCGGAAUUGGAUUGGUACCAGAGGUAUAGGAUUGCUUUGGGAGCAGCUCGGGGGAUCUCUUAUCUACACCAUGAUUGUUCCCCACCUAUAAUUCAUAGAGAUAUAAAAUCAACAAACAUUCUGCUUGAUGAUGAUUACGAGGCAAAAGUGGCUGAUUUUGGGGUUGCAAAAAUUGUACAAAACACUCACAAGGGUUCAGAGUACAGCUCCUUUGCUGGGACACAUGGGUAUAUUGCUCCUGAGCUGGCUUAUACUGCUAAAGUCACUGAAAAGUGCGAUGUCUAUAGUUUUGGUGUAGUUCUACUUGAGCUAGUUACUGGUAAAAGACCAAUUGAAGACGACUACGGGGAAGGAAAAGACAUUGUGUACUGGGCUUCUGCCAAUCUCAAUGACCGUGAACAUGUUCUGAAGGUUCUUGAUGAUAAAGUGGCAGAUGAAAAUAUCCAGGAUGACAUGAUUAAGGUUUUGAAGGUAGCUAUUCUUUGUACUACCAAGCUUCCAUCCCUGCGCCCUACAAUGCGAGAGGUGAUCAAGAUGCUUACUGAUGCUGAUCCUAGCACUUUCACGUCUCCAAGUAAUAAAUCAAGCAAAGAUGGCAAGGAUUCCUCCAGUCUGCUUCUCUCCUAGUAGUAGCUGAUUACAAGGAUUAUAAGAAUGUUAUAAUCUUUAUGAAUGUUUGAUGAAGUAGAUAAUUCAAGCUCAUUAAGUGUGCUAUCAACAGUUUUAGUUUUCAUACAAACUUCGUUGUGAGUAUAUAAAAAGGCAGAAUUGGCACUCAAUUGCCACUCUUGCCUCUUAUUUGCCAAAU